UGUCAGCCGCUCCUCCACUGCCAACGCCCAACACUGCGACCAUCGUUCUGCCGCCGGGAUUCACGCUUGACCAGUAUAUGACCCUCGAGGGUCAGCUAGUGACAAUUGCGAUUGUCACGGCUGUGGCCUUUGGCCUCAUUGUGUGGGAUUACUUCACCCUACUUCCGGACGAGCUUGCGUUGUAUACCAACAAAGACGCGCGAGUAUUUCGCGUGCCUACCACAAUUCUCUUCGUACUCCUGCGAUAUUCUGGCAUUGUAGCCACCCUCCCUUCGAUCUUCUUUACGGCAGCUCAAAGCCAGCAUUGUCAAUCAGCCGUAAUCAUCAGUCAAGUUGGCGCAUGUCUUGCGGUCUUUUCGUCGGGUGCAAUUUUCUCUCUCCGGGUCUUCGCAAUUUGGCAUGGAAAUAGAGCGGUGUACGCUCUUGUUGCGCUGAUGUUCACGACUAUGAUGUCCUGCUGGAUUGCCGUUGCGACGCAGUUCAAUGCUACAACAGGACCCCCCACGUCGUUCGGCUCAAACUGCCAGAUUCACGCCAUCGUGUCAUGGGCGCCGAUAAGCUACGGUUCCUCUGUUCUCUUCGACACCACCAUCCUCCUCCUCACCCUCGCGAAGCUCCCGCGCAACCUCGCACACAAGUCCCUCGUGGGCCGGCAGAUUUUCCGCGACACGCUGAUGUACUUCUCGAUCACCGCCGUCACCAACAUCGUCGUGCUCAGCUUCCAGUCGCUCGGCGAAGCGCACUCGCUGCUCAAGCCGAACGCGGUACCCUUCUCCACCGUUAUGACCGUCACGAUGGGCUCGCGCGUGUACCUCAACCUGAAGCUGCUGCAGAAGCGGCGGGAGGCGGAGAGCGAGGGCAUAGCGCUUUCUGUCCCGCGCUCCGACAAGAAUCGGAGUGCGAGUUCGGGCACGGACGUGACUCAAGGGCCCGAAGCCGUCGCACCGCCCCGCGGGUUUGCUCCAAGCGCGAACGCGAGCGUGGAAAGACUGGGAAAGGUUCGGUCCCCUCUGACAUUUGAUGAUGCAUAGGCGUUUCAUGCACGGCCCCGUUCACGUUUUGCUAAGACGCUCAUUCCUACCUAUUACUCACUACUACGACAUGCGCAUAAUUAUCCCGAAUGACCAGACGACGACCCGAACGAACCGCUGCCAAUAUCUC